AUGCCCAGUGUGACGACAGAAACUGCAUCAGGCUCAGCGCCCACCUAUGAAAAGGUAGAUCCCAGAACGAUGUUCACCACGACGAGCCCAAAUGCAAGAACGAGCUCUGCCAGUUUGAGGCACGAAGUGGUGCCUAGUGACCGGGCGGAACCGCAUGACAACCCGACAGGCAAUCCAGAAGCUUGGACCGCAGGCCGUGCGGAAAUUCUAGCAAUUGUGUCUCUGGCGAUUAUAUCGCUUGUGGUGGCGCUGGACUCGACGAUUCUGGUGCCAGUGCUGCCAGUCCUGGCUAUCAAGCUUAAUGGCUCAGCGAUUGAGACGUUCUGGGCAGGAACCUCAUACUUACUCGCCAGUGCGACUUUGCAACCCUUGACCGGCGCCAUGUCCGACAUAUUUGGUCGCAGAUGUUUAUUGCUGAUAAAUAUAGGGCUGUUUGCUUUGGGUUCUUUGCUGGCCUGUCUCGCUCAUGACUUUCGGCUUUUGCUUUGCGGUCGAACAAUCCAAGGGGUAGGUGGAGGAGGCAUCAUCGUACUCAAUCUGAUCAUUUGUACCGAUAUUAUUCCACUACGACAAAGGCCACGCUUCACCAGCUAUGUGCAGAUAUCAUGGGGUAUCGGAACGCUCUUCGGACCUUUGAUCGGAGCCGCAUUCGCUGAAAGAGUCACCUGGCGUUGGAUAUUCUAUAUCAAUUUUCCCAUCUGUGGCAUUGGAGCCUUCCUGAUCGCAUAUUCCAUUCGAUUCACGGACCGUCAAAUCUCCUUUGCCCAAAAAUGGUCCGAGGUUGACUGGAUCGGGGGGAUCUUCUUUCUCGCCAGUAUCACCUCAACACUCUUAGCACUGACAUGGGGUGGAGUCCAAUUCCCGUGGGACAGCUGGCAAACCCUGCUACCUCUGCUUCUUGGCCUCGUCGGGCUGCUAGGAACUACGCUGUGGGAAAUAAAAGGCGCUCGCCGGCCUUUCCUCAGAAUCAGCCUCUUCAGCAGCAUCUCGAGCAUAGCAAUCUAUACUUGCGCCAUAUUCCAAGGUGUAGUGCUAUAUGGCCUGCUUUACUUCGUCUCGUUCUAUUUCCUGUCCGUCCGCGGGUUUUCGAAUAUCGAGACUGGCGUUGCCCUUCUCCCACUGUCCUGCGCCCUCAUGCCAGCCAGCAUUCUAGUCGGCAUUGCCAUGACUCGACUUGGACGAUUUCGUUGGGCUCUUUGGUCGGGAUGGUCACUCAGUACGUUGGGUGUCGGUCUUUUGAUCUUGUUCGACACGUCAAGCCCACCAACAUAUGGAUGGGUGUUGGUGCUAGUGGUCAAUGGCAUCGGCCAAGGUCUGCUUCUCAACUCUCUCAAUCUGGCAACAAACGCGAUAUCGUCGACCAUAGACGUCGCCUAUUCUUCGACCAUGUAUGCUUUCUUCAGAGGCACUGGUCUUUGUAUCGGUGUUGCUGUCGGCGGAAGUACCUUCCAAAAUCGACUGACGACUGUUCUGCGUGCCUCAGGUCUUCCCACGGCUAUUGCUCAAAAUGCCGAAGCUUACAUUGCGACACUCCACAGCAUGCCCAAGGAUGAUCCCUUCCGCAAAAGUGUGAUCAGCGCAUACGCUCAGGCUUUUCACACGGUCUUCAUUGUUCUCACAGCGUUCAGCGCUGCCAGUCUGGUAGUUACCGUAGUGGGAGUCAGGCACCACACCAUGGAUAAAUCCAUAGAGACACAGCACAAGUUGCAGCGCAGGGAGGCAACCAGAGCGACCGACAAGCCGUCUGGAAGCAGUCACUUGCCUGAAAGAGUAGAAGGAGAGGCUGGGACCAGCCGUAUGAGCACGUUGGAAUAG